AGUAGGUGGCAACACUUUCUCGAACUUUCAGUCAUACUAAAAAAUGGCGGAUUAUAAGGAGAAUACAGAAGAGAAAAAUGGUCCUCGACCCACAAUUGUUAUGAAAGUAGAUGCUCCAGAAGAAUCUAGUGAAAAUUCAGCAAAUGAUGAAGCUGACGGACAAUCAGCUGAAGAAAAUUCACAAACUCCUUCUUCACCCUCCUCAAAAUUCGCCACUAAAAUUCACCAUCCUGUAUUAAUGCAAUCGAAGUUUGGCGAUUCUUUUGGUAUCAGUGAAUUCAGCAAAUCAUCAGAGUCUAGUGGAUUAAAGUCAUCAAUUUUAAGGCCAUCUCAGCUUAGUGCAUUAACGAAUUCAGCUGGUCCAGCUCCGAAAUCAAAAACUGAAACAAAUUCACUACAACAAAACCCUUUUACCAAAGUUUCGGAUAAGGCUAUAUUUGAAGACGAAGAAGAAGAUUCUACAACGAAAAAUAAUGACAAAAAGGAUACCAAGACAAACUCUGAGUCUAAUUCUAACAACACCGACAAGAAAAAUAAAGAAGAUACCAAGAUAACACCAACAUUUAUACCACUUGGUUCAACUCCUAAAGAAAAUGACACCAAUGUAAAUAAUAUUGUAACUGCUAAUUGUUCGACACCAGGUUUUGUAUUCGGUCAAAAUAUAAAAGAUCGCGUAACUGGAGCAAAGGAUAGUGAUGAUAGUUCUGAAGAGAAAAAAGAGGAAGAAGAGUCGAAAAAAGAAGAGUCAAGUACAGAAAAUGGCUCAUCAGAGUUACUGUUCUCAAAUGCGGCUGCAGUAUGUCGUACUGCUAGUAGACCUGGAUUAACUUUGACACAAGCAGCUCAAGAAAUUGAGGAAGCUAAUCGUGCAAAUAAAAGGAAAUAUAAUCAAAUCACACCAUUAACAGGUGAAGAAGGAGAAACUAAUAUUCUCCAGAUCAACUGCAAGCUUUUUACAUUCGAUAAGGAGACAAGUAGUUGGAAAGAACGAGGCAGAGGAACUCUUCGACUUAAUGAUCGCGAUGACGAGUCAAGAUUGGUAGGACGAGUAACAGGUACUCAAAGACUCAUACUUAAUACAAAAAUAUGGUCAGGUAUGACUGUAGAACGUGCUGGACCCAAAUCUCUUAGGCUAACUGCAAUGGAUGUUCAUGGUGAUAUUAGAAUCUUCAUAGUUCAAGCAGCGCCAUCAGAAGUUGAUCAGCUGCAUAAUUUUCUAAUGCAACGAAUCAAACGUGCUGAAGAGCGUCAACCUAAAAAAACUUGCUACUGAUCACUGACGAUAAAUAAUCCAGAAAUCAAAUAAUGAAACUGAAAUCGAUUUUUGGUUGUCGAUUUAACUUGCCAGACAGUGGAAAACUUAUUAAUUUUUUUAUAACUCUCGUCAAGUUGAUGUUUGUUUUUUCUGCACUCAAACAAUGCUGGCAAUUAACUUCGUUAUGCAAAUCACAGUUUGUAGCAUACGAAUCCAGUAUUUUAAAUAACAUCAUACGUAAAUGUUUUUUAAGAAGCCAAGCAUUAUUAACGCUAAAAAAAAAGUUUAAAAAAAAAUAAUAAUUAAAGCUCUAAGUACUUUCAAUAAUUUUAUAUCAAUUUUUUUUGCUGGCAAGAUGCUUUCUUUUCCUUUAUUUUCUAAUCAUUCCCAAUCGCUAUUCUUUUACAUGUAAAAAAUAAGUAAAUAAAACAAAGAUUGUCGUUUCCAAUACGAUCACGAAGUUAUUUAGGUAUAAGAUCAACAGCUAAAUAGAACUUUCCAAGUAGUAACAUAAUAAGU